AUGGCGGCUGAAGAGGUUCAAGGUCAAUUAGCAGCCGUGUCGCUUGAGCCCGACAACGAAACAUCAGCGAAGGCUCCUCCAAACCCCGCCCCCGAUUCCGAACAAGCCAUGGAUGGGUCAGAUUCAGCACAGCACGUGGUCCCUAACACAGCUACCCCCGAGGGCUUUGCUGCACCAACCACGCUCUGGCUUGGCGGCAUCAGCCCCGAGGCUAAACAAGAAGCUCAAGACACACUACGCACCAUCCUUCGCGGUGGCACCACCAGUGAAAAGGAAGUCAUCUACCUGCUCUUGCGCCUGCUUGAGCCUUUUGUCGACACUGAGGAGCCGCGCCUGGAGCUCCCAAAGCUCAAGAGCCGCGAAAGACGAAUCGCACAUAAAGUGGGCGAUGUCACGGGCCUCCAACGUUUUACCGAUGGGCAAACAAUUUAUCUUCUUCGUGGCGCUAGCGUUGACUUUGCUGCCCUACGCGAGCUUGUCGAUGAAGUCGAAUCUUCACAGCAAUCGCGGCCCAAAAUGCGGCUAAUGCGCCGCAAAGAUGCCGAUGAUGACGACGGCAGUCUUGACGCAUCACAAAACUCUGAUGGUACCUCGGACGCCGGCAGUCGCCGCGUGCGGACCCUCUCACAAAGAGAGCAAGAGUACGAAGAGGCGCGUGCUCGCAUUUUUCGGGAAGCCGAGGAGGAGGCCAAGGCCCAGGCGCAAGCCGCUGCCAUGGCCGCUCUUCAAGCCGCCACUCAGACCCAAGAUCCGACACAGGCACAGGGACAGGCACAGACACAGCCUCAAGCACAGCCACAGAAGCAAGCGCAUAACCAGCAGGCGCAAGUGGCUGGGCAAAGAGACGCCGAUUCGACCAAAGAGGGGCAGCAACGCACAGCAAACCCUGAUGUAGCGAAUUGGAAUGGGCCACGCGACCGUCAAACACGCUCCAGUCAUGCCGGUGGCCGGCGCGGCCGCGGUCGCGGAUAUGCUACGGGCAUGCCCAUGAACGCGGAGGGCGGUUUUCCCGGGCGCAUGUGGCACCCAGAUGCAAUGCAGGCAGGCAUGCAUGGGUGGUCCCCGGCACAAGGAUGGGGGCGUGGUUAUCCCCAGUCGGAUCGACAACCACCAAUGUCUGGUACCUUCAACCCUUAUGCACCUGGCUUCGUCCCCGGCGCCCCAUUCAUCGGCGAUCAAGGCGCGCCUCGCGCCAGCCACGGUCAUGCACCUGCCAUGGCUCCACAGUACGGCCAACGAUCAAGUCAAGCCCCGCAACACAUGCCUCAGCAACCCUAUGCCGGCCAGGCAUGGCCAUCGAGCAAUCCAAUGGCUUACAAUAUGCCACACGGCAACUUUGCAAUGCCGCAUGCAAGUUUUGGUGCGCCGUACCCGGGCUAUCCAUCCCCCAUGGGCAUGCGACCCGGUGCACAGGUGGGAGCAAGCGCCAGUCAAGCUCCCGGUACAGGUCGAGGCCGGGGGAACGGGCGACAACUAUACAAUCCUAAGGCCUGA